GUGGCGCCAUUACUCUUCUAAAUGCAUGGAACUUCCGCCGGAAAAGGGCUGCACAGCGUUUUCCAAUGUAAACAAACCUUGACAGCCCACACUUAGACCGCACGCUAAUAAUGUGGGAACACAGUUUAAAUACUUUAACAGGAGAUGGCGUUACUAUCCCCCACCCGGAUUAUGUGCAGAACUGGGAGGAUAGUAUGACAACAUGGCCGAACGUAACGUAUGGAAAUAUUUGUGCUUAUUUCGUGGACUCCCUAGCAACGGAUGGAAAAGCCAUGGACAACUUAAAAGCCUCCGAGGCAUAUCAGUAUUUGCACAGUCAGAAAGUUGGUCGCAUAAUGUCUUACAAGCACGAACGUUUUGUUUAUUUGAAAGCCGAUGUUGAACCAAGUCAGUGCUUGAAUAGCGCCUGGCACAAUGCUUGGGUGCUAACCACAGAAGCGGGAGACAUCAAAACAGCUGGAUGUACGUGUGUCGCUGGACCUGGAAGAUCUUGUUCCCAUGCAGCUGCGAUCCUGUGGAAGGUAGAAAAUGCUGUGAGACAGGGCAAAACCGGGCUCGCCUGCACAGACGGACAGAACCAGUGGAAUGCUGGGUCUAAAAGAAAUGCUGGACAGAGGAAGAUGAAGUAUGUGAGCUUCAAGAGACACAAGAGGACAGACCUCUACCAGCUGCAAUCAACUGCACAGCCAUCCUCUUCCUCUCCAGAACCAGCACAGGAGGUGAGACUCUUUAGAAGUCAUGAAGAGUGGAGGAAGAACGCGCUUGCCUCACCAAUGGCAGCACUUUUCAAUUGCCCUGGGGAUAGCCUCCUUCAGCUCUGCCUUAAUGCCGACACCACCAACAUCACUGAUCCAACACCAUGCCCACACCUCCAUCUCCUAAGCCAUGAUGAACACCACACACCACUGGCUUGUGAAAAAUGCAGAACUUUUUACAAUCAAUACAUUGAUAUGCCCACACCCAAGUUUGAGGAGAUUGAGAGGGCUACCAAACAACAGAGCAAAGAACAGGUUUGGCAUGAUGCAAGGAGAGUGCGCAUUACAGCAAGCACAGCAAAAAAGGUGCCCAUUCGCUUAACCACAGCGCCUGAGAAGUUUUUGUCAGAGCACUUACAUCCAUCCUUCCGUGGCAAUGCCGCAACUCGCCAAGGAGCAGAGGGGGAGGAAGUGGCAAGGGACCAUUUGGAAACUCUGGGCAACAGCAUCGAGUGUAAAGGGUUAGUGGUGUGUAAAAUGGAGCCGUGGCUUGCAGCAUCACCCGAUGGAGUGAUUAACAAAGACACUCUUUUAGAGAUCAAAACACCAGUGAUGGGAAACAAGUCAAUGGAUGAAUUUUUGGCAACAAAGGGCUGUGAAAUCACAACUGUGGCAAACGGCGAUAGGGUAGAAUACCUUAUUGCCUCUAACGGUCAAAAGGGCUACUACAUGCAGGUUCAGCUUGGGAUGUACUGCACAGGGCUUCAGCACGCCAAGUUGGUCAUCUGGAACAAAACGGAGCACCUAGAAAUAGAAGUACCCUAUGACCAAGACUUUGUUCAGGAGCAUAUCCCAAGGUUGCGCACAUUCUACUUUUCCCACAUGCUCCCAAAAAUUGUUGAUGAUUUUGUUGAGGGAAGAUUACAGUUCUGCAGUAGGUAUCUCAGCAUUGUAAAACCAAAAUAAGCUGCCUUAUGUAGAUGCAUAAGGGUGCCUGCCAGCAGAUGUCUGGUGUUUAGAAAAUGUAAUAUAUUAAUGAAUGUGAUAUAUGUUUCUUGUACAGACUUGAAAAUAAAUGUUGAUUAAAUUUCAAAUCAUUAUGAAACUACAAUCAUGUGUUCCCCCAUCUUCUUUAGAGUGUUAAGCUUACAAUUUCUUUUAACACAAUUC